AUGGCUGCUGCAUUUGCCAGAGUUGCUGAAGGAGUUUUCUCCUGGUCAGACGUCCAAGAGGCAGCCGCGAGUGGGUCAGAGAAGCAGCUGAUUUCGGCUUUGCUCGAUGCGCUUGCAUCUGGACACGACAAAGCAGCAAGUCUCCUCUUCGACUGGGGAGUGUCACCUGGCCUGGGAGCGGUUGCAGCAGACACGCCGCAACCAGGCAGCGUGCACGUGCUGAUCCUGGGCUGGGGCGGUUCCAGCAAAGCUCAGCUGCAACCGGCACAGAAGUGGUGGCAAGGAAAGGGGUACCCCACCUUGGCGACGACUUUCUGCCCGAAAGAGUUGCAGAAGCAGAUCGAUGCCAUCAGUGCUUUCUUACCAUCCGAGUGCGAUGUCCUGGUGCACGCAUUUUCCAACAAUGGCGUCUAUCUGCUCCAGGAGUUACUGCAGCAAACACGAGAAAGUAGACCUUGGCGGCUCUCCGGCAUCAUUUUGGACUCGGCGCCGGAUGCCUGCGUCAGCCCGAUGUUGAUGAACAUGGUGGUGAAUGGCUGCAUUCGUGCGCUCUGCAUGGUUCACGGCGUUUUCGUUGGGGGACGUCCUGAAGCAGCCUUAACUGCCUUUCAGGUCGUCGGCCCACUACGUGUUGGGGACCGCAUCCAGGACCAGGGCCCCGUUCCAUCGGUGGCGGGCCCGAGUGGAUCUGAGCGUGGCUAUUUGGCGAACACGGAUCGAGGAGAUGCCAUGAGCGCCGAGGUCAUGCAAACGGUCGUGGCCGACUACGCCGGCAAGGCCUUGGAGUCCAAAGACCUGGACUCUUUGCAGAAGUUCCAAGUCUCAAAGGUCGAGAUUGCAACAAUCUCAGAUUUUCUGCUGCAGGAGGACGCUGUUUCUUUAUUCCUCUACGGACAGCUUGAUCAAAGCAGCUGCAGUGGAAGACUUUAUGAAGAGAAGCACCCGCCGCUCACCUGCACAUGGUUCACAUCCUGA